AUGCAUGGAAAGUUCAAGCUUGAAAAGAUCAAAGAGCAGUUUAAGCCUACACCUAUCGAGGAAAUUGUGGGCAAGGCUAUUGCUGAGGCUCUUCCAGACCAUGGAAAGCCCUGGUUCAUGGUGAAGCACUUGCUUUUGCUCAACAUUCUCUUGAUUGUUCCUCUUCUCUCGGCUGCCGUCAACGGAUAUGAUGGUUCUUUGAUGAACGGACUACAGUCCAUGGAGGAAUGGAGAGACCAGUUCGGCCACCCUCAAGGCACUAUGCUAGGUUUCGUCAAUGCAGCUCAGAGUAUUGGAGGUGUCAUCGUUCUUCCAUUUGCUGGUUACCUUGCCGAUAAGCUUGGAAGAAAAUUGACCUUGACUAUUGGUCUCGUUGGUAUUAUUGUUGCUACAAUUAUCCAGGCUACAGGCCACAAUCUUGGUCAACUUAUUGCAUCCAGGUUCAUUGUUGGUUUUGCUGGUCUUUUGGCGGUUCAACCAGCACCUUUGCUUGUUGCUGAAUUGUCUUACCCUACCAUGAGAGGAAAGAUCACCUGUUUGUACUUCACUCUCUUCUACGUUGGUGCUAUUUUGGCAGCAUGGUCCUGCUAUGGUUGCACAGGUAGAGGUGAUGCAUGGGCCUGGCGUAUUCCUACAAUUCUCCAAGCUGCUUUCCCCAUCAUCCAGCUUGUAUUUUUAUAUUUUGUUCCCGAAAGCCCUAGAUGGCUCGUUUCGAAGGGCAAGGUUGACAAGGCUAGGGACAUUUUGGUUAGGUUCCAUGGCGGUGGAGACGUCCAUAGUCCACUUGUUGAAACCGAGAUGAUCGAAAUUUCUAAUGCCUUGGAUAUGGAGAGGCAAGCUGAUCAGACCACCUGGAUGGCAUUCAUUUCCACCCCCGGUAACAGAAAGCGUGCAUUCAUUGCCAUCACUAUGGGUAUCUUCUCCCAAUGGAGUGGUAAUGCUGUGGUGUCUUAUUACUUCACUUUGGUCCUUGACACUAUCGGUAUCACAUCUUCAUCCAUGCAAACCUUGAUCAAUGGUUUUUUGCAAAUUUUCAAUUUUGUCUUUGCCACUUUGGGAGCAUUUAGUGUUGACUUUUUUGGAAGAAGGUUCCUUCUUUUGUGGUCCGGUAUUGGUAUGCUAAUAUCAUACAUCAUCUGGACGAUAUGCUCUGCUAUUUUUGACCAGACCAAGUCUGUUUCCGCGGGAAGAGCAGUUGUUGGCUUUAUUUUUAUCUUCUUUUUCCAUUACGACAUUGCUUAUACACCUUUACUUAUCGGCUACCCCACCGAGAUAUUCCCAUAUUCCAUGCGUUCCAAAGGUGUCUCACUUGUUCUUGCAACAACCUCAGCUUCCUUGGUUAUUUCCUCCUUUUGCAAUUCUAUCGCCAUGGAUAACAUCGGCUGGCGCUACUACAUUGUGUUUUGUGUGAUUCUUUUGUUUGCAGUGCUUAAUACCUACUUCUUCUACCCAGAGACAAAGGGAUACUCCUUGGAGGAGAUUGCGGUCUUGUUCGACGGUGAAAAGGUUACUGAUCUGGAGAUUCUGCUUGCCGAGGAUGAUGACCACUUGGACUCUCUCCUGUCUGGCAAGAAAGACAUCCAGGUCGAGCAUUUGGAGACAGUGAGCGGGUCAAGCCGGGGCUCCCGGUAA